AUGGAAUCACCAGGAACUUCACAAGAUAGUUCAGCAUCUCAGAGUUCUUUAAAAACAAAUGAAAGUGGUCAUGCAAUUAAAAUAAGUGGUAAUAAAAGCAAUUCCAUCCUGGUCAGCCCUCGCCAGAGAGGAAAUCCUUUGCUGAAAUCAAUAACAAUUGUUCCUUGGGAAUAUGAAGAAGACAUUAUACCUGACUAUGUUAUGGGAAGAACUACUUGUGCAUUAUUUCUUUCUCUGAAAUAUCACAGUUUAAAGCCAGAUUACAUAAAUGAUAGACUGAAACUUCUAGGGAAACUGUAUGAUCUCAGAGUUUUAUUAGUUCAUGUAGAUAUGAAGGAUCCUCACCAUUCUUUGAGGCAUUUAACACGUGUCUGUCUUUUGACAGAUAUGACAUUAAUGUUGGCAUGGAGUUAUGAAGAAGCUGCAAAAAUAAUUGAAACUUAUAAAGUAUUUGAACAUAAACCUCCAGAUUUAAUAAUGGAAAAAGUUGAAUCUGAUCCUCAUAUAAAGAUUGUGUCAGCAUUAACUUCUGUCCGCUCAGUUAACAAAACAGAUGCUGCCACAUUACUGAAUAAUUUUGGAUCUUUAGAGAAAAUCAUCAAUGCUACAAAUCAUGAGCUCUGCCUUUGUCCAGGUCUAGGCCAACAGAAAGCAACAAGAUUAUAUAAUGCACUCCAUACGCCAUUUUUGAAAGGAGAAAAACGGAAAAAGUUAGGAAUUGCAAAGUAUUUUGAUUAA